AUGUCUUCCACCAUUCUUUUUGCUGCCGGCCUCCUAGUGGGUGCCGCUCAGGCUUACACUCAAGUCAACGCCGCUUCUCCCUUUAUGCUCAAGAACAUCGACCCGAUCGUGUUCCCUGGCCAGCACGGCAAGUCUCAUCUGCACUCUUUCUUUGGCUCCGAUGCCGUUACCGUCGACACCAAGACCAGCGCCGAGCUGCAAAAGGGUUGCACAAACGCCGAGAACCCCAACGAUUUGUCCGUCUACUGGAUUCCCACGCCUUUGUACACCGCCGACGGAACCAAGUACGAGCCUAUUCCCGUCAUGCGCUUCAGUGCCUACUACAACCUUGGCGAGACACCCGCCGAGAUUGCCAUCCCUCAGAACCUGAAGAUGGUGGCUGGUGAUGCUAUGGCCAAGACUCAGGCCGAUAUGCCUCCCGAAGCUAAGGCCGAGUGGACUUGUGAAAGCCAGCCUGUCCCUAUUGGUGCCAACGGCUUUCCCACUGGUACCUGUAACACCCACCUCCAGCAGCUGCUCUACUUCCCUCAGUGCGUCAACGAGCAAACUCUCGAGACCGCAUACAAGUCACGCGACUACGGCACCGCAAACUGGUGUCCCGAGGGUAGCAAGUCCAUGCCCCAGCUGCGCUUCAGCAUCCGCUACGACCUCCGCAAGGUCCUUCCCAACGGCUGGCAAGGCGAGGCACCCUUUAAGCUCGCAUGCGGUGAUGCUUGGUGCUCCCACGGUGACUUUAUCAACGGAUGGACCGAGGAGGCUGCUACCAACAUGAUUGCCACAACUGCCGAGAAGCAACACUUUGCUGCUGUCACUGGUGCUCUCGGCGCCCCCGAUGCUGGUCCUCUUUGCCAGGCGAAAGAUGCUGAUCCCGCCAACGGCACCAGCGAUUAUGAUGAGAGCGUUGCUGCCAUGAGCAAGCGUGAUGUCACUGCUUGGGGGUGGAAGAGCAAGUCUCGCUUCGUUCGCUCGGCUUAA